AUGGUAAACACUUCCAGUAUCUUGGACAAGAAAUUUGCCUGCUGCUCUGCUAGCCCUUUGCCCUUCCCCCCUCAGCUCUGGUUCCUGCCACUUUCACAUGCACCUGCUGCCACUCCAAGUGUCCCUCCACCUGGUCCUCACCUUUCAGCAAGUCAGGUGGAGCCACCUAGCACUGUGGCCAUUCCACCCAAACACACUUCCAUGGCUUCUACAGCCAACAGGCAGUCCUGGACCCCUCUACUCAAAGGAUUAGCUCAGGAACCUUACCUGAUCUCUUUCAAAGCCAGCCCAGAGUCAAUAGAAAUGGAAGUCAAACUCUCAGUAAAGGAAGCAGCAGCCACCACUGAAGCCUCAGCCACCGCCACCGCCACCGCCACCCCACGCCGAGUGCCCGCCGUGCCUAACAUCGUGCUGUUCAGCAGUAGCUCGCACCAGGACCUGUCCCAGAAAGUGGCGGACAGGCUGGGGCUGGAACUGGGCAAGGUGGUCACCAAGAAAUUCAGUUACCAGGAGACCAGUGUAGAAAUUGGUGAAAGUGUGAGAGGGGAAGAUGUCUACAUCAUCCAGAGCGGCUGUGGGGAAAUUAAUGAUAACUUGAUGGAACUUCUCAUUAUGAUCAAUGCUUGCAAGAUUGCAUCAUCAUCUAGAGUGACUGCAGUGAUCCCAUGUUUUCCCUAUGUCCGACAAGAUAAAAAAGACAAGAGUCAUGCUCCAAUUUCUGCAAAACUUGUGGCCAAUAUGCUUUCAGUGGCUGGGGCUGAUCAUAUCAUUACAAUGGAUCCCCAUGCUUCUCAGAUACAGGGUUUUUUUGCUAUUCUGGUGGAUAACUUGUAUGCAGAACCUGCUGUCUUACAGUGGAUUCGAGAAAAAUCGGAAUGGAGGAACUGUAUCAUUGUGUCUCCAGAGGAGCUAAAAGUCUUUGCCUGCAUCACUCCUCCGUAUCUCUUCUUUGAGGUGUUCCAGAAGCAACUGAGGGCUUCAGUUCUGGUUGCAAUAGGAUUCAGGCAAUGA